AUGAGUGAGGAGGAGUCUGGUUCAGGAGGCAAAAAGGCAGUGGAUGAGGUAGAAGUUACGUCGGAGGAGGUACUGUCGAUGUUCAAGCGAAGAGGUCUAUUCGACAACACUCGAAAGGAUCUGUUUAAUGAGUUUACUUCCAGUGAAAGUUAUAAUGCACUUUUGGAGGCCAUCGAGGAGCAAAUAAAAUCUGAUUCUGCUGCCACAUCGCUGGCGGCUCGAAGUCGAGGCAAGGCUGCUGCGCUGUUGGAAGGAUCAGUAACUCGAUCUGAGGCAUUCAGUAACGUCAACAAAUAUGUCGACGAUCGAGUUUCUACGAAUAAUGAGGAGCUUAAUGAGCGGUUGGAAAAGCUGGUGACAGAGAUCUACACUGCGCUGGUAGAAUCGAAAAGUGGUAGCAAUGGUGAUGCUUCGGGGGCGAAGACAACAAGCACAGAGAUCAAGGAAGAAAAGGAAUUGAAAUAA